AUGUACAACCUUUUCCUUGAAUACGUCGUCGGAUCCUGCAUUUUCGGUGCCCUACCGGAGCCAAUCAUCUGUCGUUAUGUUCAUUUCAUCCUCUUUGGUCUUCGACACAUCGACAACAUGGGAUAUGUUCACUGUGACAUAAAACCUGAUAACAUUCUAAUUGUCGACGGAGAAGCGAAGAUCACCGAUUUCGGACUUUUGACGAGGGUGGGAGAGGAAUCCACCAAGAGAAACAUAAGGGGAACACCGCUGUACGUGGCUCCCAAAUCUGCUUCAUGCAAUGACUACAAUGUGGCGGCAGACAUUUGGGCUUUAGGAUGCUCAAUGUCAGAAAUGACUUCUAGCCGACUACCUUGGCGCGACAUUGAGGAUUCUAACUAUGGAAUUUGA